UGAUUGGUCAAUAGUGGAGGUGCUGGCUCUGAUUGGUGUCGGGCUGAGGUCGCUGGAAGUGGCUCUUGGUGUUGGAAUGGCUGGGAGCGUUGAUCUGGACCGAGCGAUCGUGCAGUGGCUGGAAUGGGACAAGAAUCCUAAGACAUUGGCAGAAGUCAGGCAGCUGAAUUGUGAUGGGGACAUUGAACAGCUGCAAGAAUGUUUUGGGUCAAGGAUGAAGUUUGGAACAGCAGGGAUGCGGUCAAUCAUGGGACCAGGAUUUUCUCACAUGAAUGACCUGACAAUUAUUCAGACAACACAGGGUUUGUGUAGGUGUCUGGAAAAAUCGUUUCCAGAUGUAAAAGACAGAGGUGUUGUGAUUGGGUUUGAUGCACGCGCUCACCCUCCCAGUGGAAGCAGCAGCCAAAGAUUUGCCCGAUUUGCUGCCACUGUCCUGGUUAGCCAGGGAAUUCCUGUAUAUCUCUUCUCUCAGAUUACACCAACUCCAUUUGUGCCAUUUACUGUGUCCCAGCUGAAACUGUGUGCAGGAAUCAUGAUAACAGCAUCUCACAACCCCAAGCAAGAUAAUGGUUAUAAGGUUUACUGGGAUAAUGGAGCUCAGAUUGUUGAACCUCACGAUCGAGAAAUCGCAGAGGCCAUUGAUAAGAAUUUGGAGCCAUGGUCAGAGUCCUGGAAUGACAAGCUUGUUGACUGCAGUUCACUCGUUAAAGAUCCUUUUGAAAAUAUGAAAAAUAAAUAUCUUGAGUGUUUACAGAAGCAUUGCUUUCACAGGGAUAUAAAUAAGGAAACUAAACUUAAAUUUGUACACACAUCCGUGCAUGGAGUUGGACAUGAGUUUGUGCAAGCAGCUCUCAAAGCAUUUAGCUUCACCCCUCCCCUUGCAGUUCCAGAGCAGAAAGAUCCUGAUCCAGAGUUUCCAACUGUCAAAUAUCCAAAUCCAGAAGAAGGCAAAGAUGUGCUGACUUUAUCUUUUGCCCUGGCUGACAAGGAAGGAGCCACAGUCAUUUUAGCAAAUGACCCAGAUGCUGAUCGGCUUGCUGUAGCUGAGAAGCAAGAGAGUGGGGAAUGGAAAGUAUUUUCAGGGAACGAAUUAGGUGCCUUGUUGGGCUGGUGGAAUUUUACUUGCUGGAAGAAGCAAAAUCCAGAAUCCAGUUGUCUGAAAAAAGCAUAUAUGCUGUCCAGCACAGUCUCUUCAAAAAUCCUCAGAGCAAUUGCACUAAAAGAAGGAUUCCAUUUUGAGGAAACCUUAACAGGCUUCAAAUGGAUGGGAAACAAAGCUAAAGAACUUAUAGAUAAGGGCAAUACAGUGCUUUUUGCCUUUGAGGAAGCAAUUGGAUAUAUGUCGACUGAAUUUGUCCUGGAUAAAGAUGGUGUUAGUGCUGCUGCUAUUGUUGCAGAACUGGCCAGCUAUUUGGCAACUAAGAAUACCACUCUGUCCCAGAAUCUCAAAGCAAUUUAUGAAGAAUAUGGCUAUCAUCUCUCUAAGGCUUCAUACUUCAUCUGCCAUAAUCCUGAGACAAUUGAUAGACUAUUCCAGAAUUUACGAAAGUAUAAUGAAACAAACCAAUAUCCAAAAACCUGUGGGAAGUUUGAAAUUUCUGACAUUCGAGAUUUAACCACUGGCUACGAUAGCAGCCAACCAGACAAAAAUGCUGUGCUUCCAACCAGUAAAAGCAGCCAAAUGAUCACUUUCACAUUCAAGAAUGGAUGUGUAGCCACAAUGAGAACUAGUGGGACAGAGCCUAAAAUUAAAUAUUAUGCAGAGAUAUGUGCACCGCCUGGAAAUAGUGACUUUGAAAAGCUGAAGGAGGAGCUCAAUGACUUGGUCAAUGCAUUGGUAGAACAUUUCUUCCAACCAGAUAAAAAUGGCCUUACAUCUCAAUCCACCUGAAAUGAUUUCUGAAGAUUAAGCCAAUCAGUUUUGGCAGCACACUGUGCUAACGGUUUCUAGCUGUGCCUAUAAUAUUGAAGUACAUGUAGUUUUAUGUUUAGAAGAAUUUGCUGUGUUGCCUAGGUCUUGAGAGACAAUAAAUAUCUCCUCAUCUUGUAAAAUAAUUGAGGUUUUUUUGGGAGUGGAAGUGAUAAAGGAGGCUGGUGAAGAUUCCCUCUAUAACUGUGUGAUUUACAGCUUUUAGGGAAUGCAGUAUACGUUUCUCUUAAUAUUUAAGGGGCAAAAAAACCUGUUCAAGGUAAACUCCAAUGCCUGUCUACAAAAUACAAUAACAUGUUUUUAAUAGUUCUCAAAAAAUAUUAUUGAAUUUUCUUUGUGAUGAUUUGUGAGGAAUGAAGACUUCAAAUAUUCUCCAUUAAUUUAAUGGAAUCUGCCUUUUCAGUGGUUGAGCGCUAUAAGCAGCUUACCUUGGAGGUCGUUGUGAGGGUGGGGUAUAGAAAAAAACACUUUCAUACAUAUAAAAAUAAAAUACUACAGAUCUGGAAAUCUGAAACAAAAACAAAGUGCUGGAAAAACUCAGGUCUAGCAGCAUCUGUAGAGAGAGAAACAGAGUUAACAUUUCGAGUCCAAUAUGACUCUUCUUCGGAACCUUCACACUUUCAUACAGCUAUGUUAGCUGUAUUUCCAAUGUGAAUAGCUUCUGAUUAGCUCUCUGUUUGCCCCAUCUAUAAUUGAUCCCACUGCAGAAUCUAAAAUAGCUACAGGACACAAUGAUGGUCCUCUAUUGGGCAGGGAGGUAAUAUAUAUUUUGAUGGAUAACAAUUAUAUCUCUUCGAUUUGGACUUUGGAGAUAUUUUGAACAGAGCACUUUUCCUCUAACAUCAUUGCGCUUUUUAACUUGCUACAGGAGUUGUUUUAUAUGUAAUAUGUGUGUGACUGCAGCUUUAUUUGACAGAUUAAUAUACAUAUAAGCAGGGACUCUUGCUUAUUUUUUGAAUUGCUUAAAACUCCAGCUUUUAAACAUUGUGACCGAGGAAGAUAUACUUAGCUUAAAUUCUUAAAGUACAUUUUGCCUUGAGUGGUUGCUGUGAAGUUUUGAAGUUGAAUUUUACACAUCUGUACACUAUGUAUCAGAAUGGUCUCUGAAAAUUGUGUACUCUCUGCUGCUGCUUUAAUUUUGCAUUUAAGUGACACAUUCUGCUAUAUUCCAUUUAGUUCAACCAAAAAGACAUUUUGUGUAUAUAUACAUAUAUAAUCAAUAUCGCAUACUGCUCAAGUUAUCAUAUGACUUGAUUUUACAUUCCACUGUACAUGUUUAAUAUCAAUAUUAUAUUUUUCAGUUAUAAGCCUGUCUUUAUAUUUGAAGAAAGCUGUGAAUCUAGAUUUCAGCAGUUGAUCCACAUCUUUUAGCAUUAACGAUCCUACAUCCAUACAAAUAUCUGAUACAAUAGGAUGGAUAGUUUAAUAAAAUUAUCACAGUUGGUAACUAGAACUUUUUCACAACUGUAAGAAAUCAUGACGCAGUGUUGUCGUUUACUUUCAUCAUAAUACAGCUAGGUACAAAUAUAUUCCAUUCAUAGAAAUUGUGGGAAUUCUUCAAAAUUUCAUAUACUGUGCCUGAACAUUAAAGGAUGCAAAAAUUACCUUGAGCUAAGUAUCUAAUUUUCCUGCAAAUAUUAAACCUCCUGGAAUAACAGCCAUCACUAUUGCAUGUUUUCAGAAAGAUCUUUUAAGUUAUUUUAAUCCAAUAAGAUUAGAUUUAUGGUAAAAAUUAUACCAUUAAUGAUUUCCAGAAGAGCAAGUGCAGCUCUUCUGUGUGACAACACAACAGUUUUCCUCUUUUAUUUUUAAAAGAAAAUAUUAAUUCUUGGUCACUGUUAAAUAAACUACUUACACAGUGGAAAUUAUACACUCAGCAUAUUUAGUUGGAUUUUUUUUUGCUUUGUUGUAAAUUUGAAUGUACAAGUUCAUUGCAGUAAUACCAAUUUUAUUCUGUGGUUGUGUGCACAACUCCUGAUGUAUGAUUAAAACUCCUGCAAUCAGUUAAACAAAUAUUAGUUUAUUUGGAAUUGAUUAAAAACUAAUACUGAAAA